AGUCAUCUGGCGACCGGUGUUCGACGCACAUUGCCGCUGUCCGUGUCUCUCGUGUGUGCGCCGCGCGCGCGUGUUUUAUAAUAAUAAUAAUAAUAUUAUGUGCGCCAAACCGCCACCGUCGUCGCCUAUUCGCGUCCAACAAUAAUUAUUUCAAAGAUUAUAAUAUUAAGACUGUACCGAUUUUUGUCAUCCGUCGCUGUGUUUACGCUCUCCGUCCGGCACCACUCGGUCUAGAGCGAUAGCGGACGACCGCCGAGUCCAGACGGUAAUAAUAUACGACGAGUGUCCGUCUCAUCCGGAGCGAUGACUUGACCCUCCCCACGAGGAGGAUUUUUCGCGCGUUCGUUUUUUUUUUUUUGUUAUUGCUUCUUUGACGGUUUAAGACGUUUUUUUUUGGUUUGCAUACCGAUCUCGGUGCGUUUUUCCCGCGAAAUAACGGUUUUUUGUUUUUUUUUUUUUGUUGAAAAUUUGGAGUUUUUAUUUCUUUUCGCCGGCAAACAUCGCGUAGAACAACUCGCGACAUGAAGACGGCCGUGAUAUUAUGCGCGCUCGGGUGUCUGCUGAUCGUCGCGGUCCGUGCCUCGGUGGACAGCGGCAGCGGCAGCGGAGGAGCGCCCAACAAGGCGUCCGCGACCAUCGUCGACGACGAAACAGUGAUGACCACAAACGUAGAAGCUGUGGCCGGAAUGGUGGCGUAUUUACCGUGCAACAUGACUCCACCGACGCCGAGUGAUCGCGUUACGUUGGUCAUCUGGUUCAAACAAGGAGAGACCAAUCCGAUAUACAGCUACGACGUGAGACAUGGUGGGCCUUUGAUGCCUGCAGUGGCACCCUCCUCAAAAACGCCCGAAGGGCCACAGCAAAAGUCCAUCGCAGUUACCGGCCCCCAUCGGUCUGAUGACAAGACGUUGGACGGGCGAGCAUACUUUCGCGUCACAUCGAAACCGGCAGCACUCAUCGUGCAGGACAUCGGUGACAAGGACGCAGCCGUGUACAAAUGUCGGGUCGAUUUCAAAAAAUCACCCACUCGAAAUUCCAAUGUCAAUUUGACCGUUAUACUGCCCCCGGACCGGCUGAGCGUGCUGAACGAAAAAGGCGAUCACAUACCGCAUUACAUACUCGGGCCGUACAAGGAAGGUGUGACGGUCGAUAUCACGUGCAUCGCAAGCGGAGGACGUCCGCCACCCCGUGUCACCUGGUGGCAAGAGAACGCGCUGAUCGAUGAGACAUUCGAAACUCUACCGGACCGGAAGGUGAGAAACGUGUUGCGCCUGGAACGACUUGAACGCCGCCACCUCAACACCGUUUUCACUUGUCAGGCAUCCAACAAUCAUAUGGUGCCGCCAAUAUCCAGCUCCGUCUCGUUGGACAUGAUACUACGGCCAUUAUCGAUUAAAUUGGUUGGCGACAAUCGUCCACUAUCUGCAGACUCACCUGUCAAUGUCAGUUGCCGAGUUACAGGGGCCAAACCACCGCCAAUCAUCACCUGGUGGAAAGAUGCCACCCAAAUGACAGAUGCCAAACAAAUAACCAGUCCUGAUGGCAACAUAACUACAAGUGUGCUGACAUUUACUCCGGCGAUCAAAGACUCGGACAACACGUUGAGCUGCCGAGCAGAGAGUGGCAAACCGGAUACCGUCAACAACAGACACAGUGGCAAACCCGAUAAUCGCCAAUAUCAAUCAGUCGACGUUGAUUCUUCCGAUGGAUGGAAAAUAAACAUAUUUCAUGUACCUGUUGUUAACCUUGAACUUGGCAGCAACAUCAACGGCAGCGCUAUACAAGAAGGCAUGGACGUUUAUUUUGAAUGUAACAUCAAAUCUAACCCGUGGGUGUACAGAGUGACAUGGAGACACAACGGAAAGCUGCUGAACAACAACCCGGCCGCUGGCACGAUUGUCAGCAAUCAGAGUCUGGUCUUGCAAAAGGUGUCCCGUAGCCGCGCCGGCAUUUACACGUGCGUUGGUAGCAAUCAGGAAGGCGACGGCGAGAGCAAUUCAGUGCCAUUGGACAUUAAAUUCGCCCCAGUAUGUCGACCCGGCCAGGAGACGGUGCAAGGGGUGGGAAGACGCGAAGCUGCCAAAGUGCUCUGCGAGGUGGAGGCCAACCCGUCUGACAACGUACGGUACACGUGGCGUUUCAACAACUCGCGGGAAACGGUCAACUUGGAUCGUGACCGUUAUACGGAGGAGGGACCGCGGAGCACUGCUGCGUACACGCCACUGACGCCACUCGAUUACGGGACACUCAUGUGUUGGGCGAGCAACGAGUUUGGCAAACAAACAGUACCAUGCGUGUACCAGGUGAUAGCUGCCGGUCGCCCGGACAGCCUGGAAAACUGCUCGGUGGUGAACCAGACUUCGGCAUCGCUGGUGGUCCGGUGUCAACCAGGUUUUGAUGGCGGCCUCAGCCAGAGGUUCGUCAUGGAGGUAUACGAUCGGCACGGACAGUCGCUGGCUGGCAACGUGACGGCCGACCGGCCCGCGUUCACCGUGGGCAGUCUUCCUUCCGGUUUGGGAUUCGACAUCAGCGUUUACGCGUACAACAGCCGCGGACCGUCCGACCCUGUCCAGCUCCACGCCUACACCCUCAAGUCGGCCGAGAAACGCACAGCGGUCACUCCCUCGGGAUUUCGAUUUUCACCCAUGCUAGCCGUGAUCGCCAUUGGAUGCGUCGCGUCUGUCAUGUCCAUCGCGUGUAUCGUGGCUGUGGCCGUGGCUGUGCAGCGGAAGCGAGCUAGGCGCCGUCGCCGAGAACGGUCAAACGACGAGUCGAAAACGGCCAUCGAUGGCGUUGGCGGAACCGGAACUGGUACAGGGACUGGAGCCGGAAUCGGCGAUGGCGGUGGAGUCGAUGGCGGUGGUGUCGGAGGUGGCAUCGGAGGAGGCACCGAUGGAGGCACUGGUGGAGGCGACGGUGGAGAUCGUCAUCAUCAACGAGCAGAUGCCGUCGACGACGGGCUGGAAAAGAAUCCCGACAUCAUACCUCACGACAACGAUUACUUAGACGAAGACGAAAAGGCAUUUGAACGGUUAAACAGUGGCAGAAUAUACUCUUCACGAAUGGUCGACGCUGAAGCAUGCAAACAACAAGCUCGCGGACUUAUGCCGCCACCUCCUUCGAUGACGCCACAACAGCAGAUCUAUUCUUCGGACAUUGUCGGUGGUUCUCCAUCAGCUGGCGUCGUGUACCCAAACCUGAUGUGCCCCACACCGCCACCUCCACCGUCACAGCUGUUGCUCCACCAACACUAUCAGCAACAGCAAUUGCAGCAGCAACAACAACAACUACAGCAGCCCACUGCCGCAUUGCACCAUCACCGGCACAACGCUGGUGGACCUCAGCACGUGCAAUACGUGCAGGUUGACCACCAAAACCAGUUCGCCAGCCACCCACACCAGCACCACCAUUUACAUCAUCAUCCCCUGCCGCCACCGCACUACCAGCCGGUCCCGCAGGCACGGACCAUGACCCUUGGCCGUUACCACAACAACCACAAGCACGGUCACAAUCAGCCACAAGACCGUUCUGCCGAGAUACCUCUGUUGUUGGCCGCCCAACCAGGACUCCAACAUCACCACCAGCUUCACCAGCGCGAGAGCACGACCGACUUGACGGCGGACCCGCAGCUGCAGCAGAGAGGCGCUGUCGGACCAGUUUUCGGAAAACCACCCCCGUCGGCGGCGCCAUCGCAACAGCAGCAGAUCAUCGCCGCCACGCGGUUCUGACAGACGGACUUCGAGCCGAUUCCCGAGGACGAUUUGGUCAUGUUGUGAACUCGCCCCCGGACAACCCCCAACACGAGACGACGGCGACCACACAACUGCAACUGACCGUAUACUAAAUCUUCAAGAGGUUAUGGUAUGCGGACCGCGGACUUUCGGCAAAUACGCCUUGCGUAUUCAAAAAAAAAAAAAAAAUUCUCGGGGGAUGAACGAAAAAAAAGUGUUUUUCAUUUUUUUUCAAAUUGUUUAAUUUUAUGUCUACUACUGUUGUCGUUUGAUUUAUGUACCCCGCUUUCAAACAUAAUCCACAGUUCACCGAUCGUUGCGACGUACCGCGAUAAAUAGCGUAUUAUACCUAAACCUGAACUAUACAACUAACCCUACCCCUGCGGUCCAAUUGCACGACGCCAUCGACCACCGAUUUUCUGAGAAAGUAAAUCGCGAUCGAUGUCCGCCCACCAGUCUCUAGCUGUAAGAAAAUAUUAUUAUGAUAUAGACUCUUGACGCCCUCCCACCCUUCACCUCUCACCAUCACCACCACGAAUGAAAAACGUCAUGUCGUGACGCCGGCGGCAGAUCCGUAUCUACGUACCGUCGUUAUAAAAUUUUCGACGACGAUAAUUAAUCACGAAAAACCAUCUCAAAGUAUAAUAAAUCCCGAAACUAUAUACGGGACAUCUGUUUCGUCGCUCCCGAAAACUCUUACGGGCACACUCAAAACAUCAUUAUAAAAGUUUCGCCGUUGUAAUAUAAUAUAUUAUAUUGUGUAUACGCGCAUGCUAGAGGUAAAUUAACGACAGUUAAUUUUUUUUUACGAACAGAAAAAACGCAAAAUGUCCGCCCAAUGUCGUCGGAAUUUCUCAACUUAAUGGUUUUUCUUUUUUUGUUCUUUUCCAUUUUGAUACAGGCACCAGCGCUUUUAUGAUACCUACUACUAUAUCCAGACGUUAGCAAGGCCCUCCAAGUCACCACCGCCGCCGUCGAAUGAACCGACUAUAAUAAUAUUAUAAAAAUAUAUCGUUUCACCGUCCGUUUCUGACGAUUCACACGAAUCACACGACACACAGAGGGUGUCGACACAGUGGCGGUUAAUACCUUUUUGAUGGCACUUGCGGUCUAUAAUUUUUUUAUACCUGUGAACUGGUUUUACAAUUUUUCGUUAAGAGAUGUCCCCUUUAUUUCAAAAAGGCUAUGACUUCACUAUUAAUACAUGCGCUUCCGCCAAGACAAUUUUAAUUAUGAUUAAAAAAAGAACACGUCGUUAGUACAAAAAUUCGUUAGAAAAAACAAUAAUUGUAUCCGUCAUAAUAUUAUCCAUAAUAUAUCACAAUUUGGUAACAAUUAUCAAUUUGUAUUCUUUGACGAUGAUGUUGAGGAAAGGAUUAUUCAAUUAUCAACUAGGUAGUGCUUAAAAACAUUUAUUUUUUUUUAUGAAAUUUUUAAAAGUCGUAGCAAACAGUUCAUAGACAUUUUCUCUUUACACUUAGGUAUUGGAAACACAUCGAGUGAAACUAAUGUCGUUCCAGUUAUUUUUGUACUACUAACAAAAAAAAAAAAAAAACAAAAAUAAUUUAUACUCGAUUAUCUUAACUCCAA